AUGAAUGCAAAUGCAAAUGCGAAAACAAAAGCAUUCGCAACAACUAACGUAACUACAAACACAAAUGCAACUUUCAUUGCAAACGCGAAUGCAAAUGUAAAUGCAAUCGCAAAUGAAAAUGCAAAUGCAAACGCGAAUGCAAAAGCAAGUGUGGAUGAGGAUGCAAAUGCAAACAAAAAUGCAAUGGCAAAUGUUAAUGCAAAUGUAAUCACAAACACGGAUGCAAAUGUAAAAGCAAGCGCAAAUGUCAAUACAAAUGUGAAUGCAAACGCAAGUGCAAAUGUUUAUGUAAAGUCUGACAGUGUAGAAGCAAUUAUAAAUGCAAAUGUGAAUGCAACCGCAAAUGCAAAUGCAAACGCAAAUGCAAAUAUAAAUGCAGACGCGAAUUCAAAUAUGUAUGCAAAUAAGAAUGUAAGUAAGAACGCAAAUGCAAAUGUAAAUACAAACGCAAUCGCAAAUGCAAAUGCAGAUAUAAAGGUGGCUGCACAUGUAAAUGCAAACGUAAAUGCAAAGGCGAACGCAAAUGUUAUUUUAAAUGCAAUUGCAAAUUCAAAUGUAAAUACGAGAGCGAAUGCAAAAGUAAUUGCACUGAAAAUACAAAUGCAUUUGCAACUGUUAUUGUCAAUGCAAACGCAAGUGCAAAUGUGGGUGUAA